AUGUUUGACAAAUUACUUAAAGAGCCAUAUCGAGAAGAGCGAAGAAUUCGACUUGGCCGUUCAAAAUUUAUUGAUAUUUUCUUCUACAGUGGUGUUUACGAUUACCAUUGGCUAAGAAUUUUAAUUAAUUUUCCUAUUGGAUUUCUAAUCGCUUCUUUGCUCUACAAAUUUGCUUGGCAUCAAAUUAAUUUUGCUGAGUUUGAUAAAGUUGCGGAACAGAUCUUAAAAUGGUCACUUAUUUUGGCUUGUGCAAUAACAUUUGCAAUCAGUCCGCUAUUUCGAUGCGCAGUUAUCUGCGUCCUCUUUGGCGCUUUGGGUAAAAACGGUCAAAACCUCUUGACAGUUAUAGUUUUCAAUAGUUUGAGUGCUGGUCCGAUUGCGAAUAUCGUUCAGAAUUUUCAAGUUAGUACAAAUAUGAUUACCUGUCAUAUCAAACAAAAAGAAGACAUGAUGACACAACGUGUUGUUAUGUCUACUGGCCCAAUUGAAAGUUUCAUGGCUAAAGAAUUUGGUAAAUCAACUUCAAAAGGACGAAAAGUAAUAGCAAUGCUAAAAUCGCUGGUAGAGCCAAUCGAGUAUGAAUUCACAUUAAGCGAUGAAGACAAGGCCUUGGCAGCAACAAUCGAUGCUGCUGAGGUUCUACAAAGGCGUGAUGCAAUGGUCAAUAAAGAACCGGAAGAUGUAAAAGGCGAUACAGGAAAUAAAAUACAGAAAUCCGCGGCACCAGCUUGGAAUAAAUUGAAGUCAAAAGUAGUUGAAGCGGUAACAUUUUGUGAUCAAAUGACCAAUCAGGUGUUAUCAAGGACGAAAAAUUUAGACAGUGAUUUAACAGAUGCGCAUAAUUUGACCGAAGAUAUUAUGGAUCAUCUCCGCGUCAAUAUGCAUUAUCGAGCAAUUGUUGAACCUCGCAAUGUGCGAAUUUAUGGAAUAAAAGAAGUGAAAUAUCGAAUCGCUCAAAAUUUUCGCUUACUAAAAAUUAUAUUGGUAACAUUAAAACAAAUUUUGGGUUGUUUGUUUGUUCUUAUGAUUUAUACCAUAUUUCGUGAUUCUGUCAAAAUGAUACGUAAUUAUUUGAAUGAUAUCGAUUUUGACAAUGUUUAUUUGGCACCCUAUUUUUGGCAUAUUGAUCGUAGACGUGAAAAUGAAGGAAAAAUAUUUUUGAAUCCAUUAAGUAAAGCUGAAAUGCAUGCAAAUAAUUUAAUGACACCAAUUUCACCUCCAACAAAAGCAGAGAUACGCGCUUCGUGGUUACCACUUGCAAAAUUCAUUUUUUUACUCGUUACUGCUUCGUUUGUUGUAUUUGUCGAUUUUGUCUUCCACAGAAUUAUUUACAAUAUUGACGGGACUGGAUUUAUAGCUGAUUUGAUAAAAGAAAUGCUCGAUUUUGAUUAUCAGAGCCAGAGAAACAUGACAGUUUCGCUGGAGGAAUGCAUUUAUAAUCCGGUAUCACCGGAUUGGCGAUAUGCCGGAAAAUAUAUUUUCUUCCCGCUUGGAAUUAUGUUUCUUCUUCAGGUUAUAUUUGGUUAUGUGAUUAAACGUAUCACACUUUUUUGCGUAAUUGGAAAUAUUUUCCGGAAACGCAACAAAGCACGUAUCAUACAUCUCUACAAUAAAAUGUUAUUUGUACGUACGAACGGUCGGAAGUUAGCAAGAGCACGCAUACGUUUUCAAGUGGAGCGCAGAAUUUUACAACGCGAAGAAAUCCAAAAAAAAAGUAAAUUAUUUGCCGAUACGAUAGUGGAAGAAAUUGUGGAUUUCCUGUUCAAAACCGGAAUGUGUCUGAUGUGUGAAGUGAAGCAUCGCAAGAGAAAUUUGAUCAAUUGUUUGAAUUGCCCAGCUGCAUAUUGUUCCGUAUGCUAUCAAGAAAACCAUAAAAUAUGCUAUGCAUGUUUGGCAAAACAAGGAGAAGUUUCAUCAACAAAGACGACAUUUACUCCAGCAGAUAUGCAGAAAGACGAAAUGUUGGAAACUGCUCCAACCAAAUGA